AUGCUGGAGGAUGAGGAUGGGAUGAGCGAGAGAGGGCUCAGCAGCUCGAGGAGGAGAUAUGAAGAUGAGGAAGAUUACCACUCCAUCUACAUCGGGGUGCCAGUGCCGCGGGGCUACCGGAGGAAACGGCGUCGGCGAAGAUCUGCCUCCAGCCGGGAUAGGACGAGCGAGAGCGAGCGGCACUACGAGCGCCAGGAUCGCUCCGACACCGAUGAUGGUGGCCACGGCUGCUACGAGAGUGGCAACGACAACGCCAGCAGGACCAUGUCACCGGCUGCCGAACGACUUCGCUACAUCUUGGGGGAAGACGAUGAGCCUCCCAACCCCACGCUCUUCACAGAGAUGGACACGCUGCAGCACGACGGCGAGGAGAUGGAAUGGAAAGAGUCAGCCAGGUGGAUAAAGUUUGAAGAAAAGGUGGAAGAAGGUGGUGAAAGGUGGAGCAAGCCCCACGUGUCCACGUUGUCUUUGCACAGCCUGUUUGAGCUGCGGACGUGUCUGCAGACGGGAACAGUGCUCCUGGACUUAGAUGGCUACUCUUUGCCCCAGAUUAUAGACGAUGUCAUUGAGAAGCAGAUUGAGGACGGUCUGCUCAAGCCGGAGCUGCGGGAGAAGAUAAGCUACGUGCUCCUCAGGAAGCACCGUCACCAAACCAAGAAGCCAAUCCACCGGUCUUUGGCCGACAUCGGCAAGUCCGUCUCCUCCAACACAACCCGCAGCCCUGUCCGGAGCCCGGCCGCCGGUGCCGCCUUCCACCGCUCCACCGAGGACCUGCGGAUGCGGCAGAGCGCGAGCUACGGCCGCUUGCGUCACGCGCAGAGUCGAAGCAUGAAUGACAUCUCGGACACACCGAGCACCGACCAGCUGAAGAACAAAUUCAUCAAGAAGAUCCCAAAGGAUGCAGAGGCCUCCAAUGUGCUGGUGGGAGAAGUGGAGUUCCUGGAGAAGCCCUUUGUGGCUUUCGUGCGGCUCCUCCAGGCGACGAUGCUGGGAGGGGUGACGGAGGUGCCCGUCCCCACCAGGUUCCUCUUUAUUCUCCUUGGUCCUGCGGGAAAAGCCAAAUCUUACAACGAGAUCGGCAGAGCCAUCGCAACCCUCAUGGUGGAUGAUCUCUUCAGUGAUGUUGCCUACAAAGCCCGGGAUAGAGAAGACCUGAUCGCUGGCAUAGAUGAGUUUCUGGAUGAAGUCAUCGUCCUGCCGCCCGGCGAGUGGGACCCCAACAUUAGGAUUGAGCCACCCAAAAAAGUGCCCUCGGCUGAGAAGAGGAAAUCAGUUUUCUCGCUGAACGAAGUGGGGCAGAUGAACGGCACAGCCGGUGGGGCAGGCGCCGGGGGUGGCGGAGGAGGCAGCGACGAUGGGGAGAUGCCUGAAGUUCAUGAAAUCGGGGAAGAGCUUGCGUGGACCGGCAGGUUUUGCGGUGGCCUCUAUUUGGAUAUCAAGAGGAAGCUGCCCUGGUUCCCGAGCGACUUCUAUGAAGGCUUUCAUAUCCAGUCCAUCUCUGCUAUCUUGUUCAUCUACCUGGGCUGCAUCACCAACGCCAUCACGUUUGGGGGCUUGCUUGGGGAUGCUACAGACAACUACCAGGGCGUCAUGGAGAGCUUCCUCGGCACGGCGAUGGCAGGCUCCAUGUUUUGCCUCUUCGCUGGGCAGCCGCUCAUCAUCCUCAGCAGCACCGGCCCCAUCCUCAUCUUCGAGAAGCUGCUCUUUGACUUCAGCAAAGGCAAUGGCAUCGACUACAUGGAGUUUCGCCUCUGGAUUGGCUUGCACUCUGCCCUACAGUGCCUUAUCCUGGUGGCCACCGACGCCAGCUUCAUUAUAAAGUACAUCACCCGCUUCACAGAAGAAGGCUUCUCCACCCUCAUCAGCUUCAUCUUCAUCUACGACGCCAUCAAGAAGAUGAUCGGAGCCUUUAAAUACUAUCCCAUCAAUUCGGACUUCAAGCCCGACUACGUGACCAUGUACAAGUGCGAGUGCAUUGCUCCUGACCCAGCCAACGCGACCUUGUUUGAUGCUUCAGCUCCAAUGGCACCAAACACCACUAACGUUUCUCUGUACAAUGCUAUUAACCUAACAGCUCUGGACUGGACUCAGCUGAGUAAGAAGGAAUGUCUCAAAUACGGUGGCAGCUUAGUGGGGAAAUCCUGUAAAUUUGUGCCUGACCUGGCCCUUAUGUCCUUCAUCCUCUUCUUCGGGACCUACUCCAUGACCUUGACCCUGAAAAAAUUCAAAUUCAGCCGCUAUUUCCCCACCAAGCUGCGUAAACUUAUUAGCGAUUUCUCUAUCUUUAUGUCCAUACUAAUGUUUGUGGGGCUGGAUGUGCUUUUUGGACUCAACACCCCAAAGCUCCAAGUGCCUACUGAUUUUAAGCCCACCCGCGUGGACCGAGGGUGGUUCGUCUUUCCCUUCGGGAAGAACCCGUGGUGGGUUUACCUGGCGAGCGCCCUGCCCGCCCUCCUCGUCACCAUCCUCAUCUUCAUGGACCAGCAGAUCACAGCCGUCAUCGUCAACAGGAAAGAGCACAAGCUGCGGAAAGCAGCGGGUUACCACCUGGACCUGUUCUGGGUGGGCAUCCUCAUGGCCGUCUGCUCCUUCAUGGGGCUGCCCUGGUACGUGGCAGCCACCGUCAUCUCCAUCGCCCACAUCGACAGCUUGAAGAUGGAGACAGAGACCAGCGCCCCGGGGGAGCAGCCCCAGUUCCUGGGUGUCAGGGAGCAGAGAGUGACUGGCAUCAUCGUCUUUGUGUUGACGGGGAUUUCUGUCUUCCUGGCCCCUAUCCUGAAGUACAUCCCUAUGCCAGUGCUUUACGGCGUCUUUCUGUACAUGGGCGUUGCGUCGCUGAACGGCAUCCAGUUUUGGGACCGCUGCAAGCUCUUCCUCAUGCCAGCCAAGCACCAACCCGACUACGUCUUCCUCCGGCACGUGCCGUUGCGUCGCAUCCACCUCUUCACGCUGGUGCAGAUCGUCUGCCUGGCCGUCCUCUGGAUCCUCAAAUCCACCGUGGCCGCCAUCAUCUUCCCCGUCAUGAUUUUAGCCCUGAUCCUGGUGAGGCGGCUGCUAGAUUUUGUCUUCUCCCAACACGACCUGGCCUGGAUUGACAACAUCAUCCCCGAGAAGGAGAAGAAGAAGGAGGAUGACAAGAAGAAGAAGAAAAAAGGCAACAAAGGAGAUAGCAGCAGCGAUGAGGAGGUGGGUCCUCCACCUGGAGCUUUGCGUUCUGAUUCCUCCCCGAAUGGUUCAGACCUGGAUCGCAGUAUUACGCUUCACCUGAAGAUUUCGUGCCCGUCGUCUCCUGCAUUUAACUACUCCCGAAACCCCAUCUGCGCCGUGCCCCAGGUGAAGAUAGAGAUGGAGUCGGACUACGAGGAUACCGACACUGAAAAACCGCCUCGGGACAUGGGCAGUGAGACCACGCUAUAG